AUGAUAAAGAUUAUAACCACGAUUUUAGUAGUACUAGUAUGCUGUCUAAUCACUAGCAAUGGAGGAGGUAUUGUUUUGGCACGUAAACCAACACAAACCCCUUCACCAACACCUACACCUCCACCAUCACAGGUGAUCCUACCAAGCAAUGCAAACCUAUUCUAUCAAGGUAGAGUCGAUCAAUCAAACUCAUCGGUCUACUCGUUUGAUUGGUCUGGUGUCGCCAUUGGUUUUGCCUUUAAAGGUACCACCAAUGUCAGAGCUUUAUUUUCAACUAGCCUAACAACAGAGGAUAAUAUGUUUAAUGUAUUUAUAAAUUAUGGAUUAUAUUCAACUCUAAAUAUUUCAUCAACAUCAAAUGAAGCUUACAAUUUGAUUAGUGGUGGAACACUUGAUCCUCAACAAACCUAUAUUUUAAUACUGACCAAGAGAACCGAGGCAGCCAUUGGUAUUAUCAACUUUUAUGGAUUGGUAGUUGACCAAUCUGCCAUUCUCUUUCCAAUCAACCCAUUUAAUGAUAAUCCAAACAAAAGAAUUGAAUUUAUUGGUGAUAGUAUAACAUGUGGAUAUGGAAUUGAUGGUACACCACCAUGUUCAUUUACAGCAGAGACUGAAAAUAAUUAUCAAACCUAUGCAGGUGUAGUAUCUAGAAUAUUGGGAGCUGACCUUCAUGUGGAAUCAUGGUCGGGAAAGGGAGUAGUUAGAAACUAUGAUGCCAAUGGAACAACCAGUGUUGAUCCAUUCCCAACCUACUAUGGUAGAACCAUUGCCAAUAAUCCAAAUUCAACAUGGACUUUCCAAGAUUGGGUACCACAGGCCGUCGUUAUCAACUUGGGAACCAACGACUUUUCAUCUCAACCCUAUCCACCUCAGACAGUGUUUGAACAAGGAUACACUAAUUUUAUAGACUCGAUUCGUACAAAAUACAACAAUGGUACCGUCUUUUUCUUGGCUUGUGGUCCAAUGAUCUCGGAUCCAUGUUGUCAAUACGUUCAAAAUGUGGCCACUGCCACAAAAUCAAUUUACAUUGAUCUGCAAGAUAUACUCGAUAGUUCGGAUCUUGGUUGUAAUGGUCAUCCAAAUGUUAAUGGUCAUCUUAAAAUGGCUAUGAAUUCUUUACCAAUCAUUCAAAAGAAUUUAGGUUGGUAA